CGCACGUGUCUCCGCCGACAUCAUCAUCAUCAUCAUCAUCAUCAUCAUCAUCAUCUUCAUCUUCAUCAUGUUCCCACUGGACUCCCCCUGGAACAUCUCCUUCGCCGGCUGCGGCUUCCUGGGCAUCUACCACAUCGGUGUGGCGAGCUGUCUGCAGGAGCAGGCGCCCUUCCUGGUCGAGGACGCGCGGCACAUCUACGGGGCGUCGGCGGGCGCGCUCACGGCGUCCGCCCUCGUCACCGGCGCGUGUCUCGGAGAGGCGGGGGCCAGCAUCAUCGACGUGGCCAAAGAGGCGCGGAAGCGGUUCCUGGGACCCAUGCACCCCUCCUUCAACCUGGUGAAGAUGAUGCGCAAGCUGCUGUACCGCACGCUGCCCCCCGAUGCCCACGUGCGCGCCAGAGGGCGGCUGGGCAUCUCGCUGACCCGCGUCUCGGACGGGGAGAACGUGCUCUUCUCGCAGUUCAGCAGCAAUGAGGACCUGGUGCAGGCCUGUGUGUGCAGCGCUUACAUUCCAGUCUACUGUGGUUUCAUCCCUCCUGCGCUGCAGGGAGUACGGUACGUGGACGGGGGCAUCUCGGACAACCUGCCGCAGUACGAGCUGAAGAACACCAUCACCGUGUCGCCCUUCUCGGGCGAGAGCGACAUCUGCCCCCGCGACAGCUCCACCAACCUGCACGAGCUGCGCUUCACCAACACCAGCAUCCAGUUCACCCUCACCAACCUGUACAGGGUGUCCCGCGCCCUCUUCCCGCCCGACCCGCUGGUGAUGAAGGCCAUGUGUAAGCAGGGUUACACGGAUGCCCUGCACUUCAUCAAGAAGAACGGACUGCUGCAGUUCCGAAGACCCCAGCGAGGCCUCCUCGUGCGGGUGGAAAGGAUGGAGGAGCAGGACGAAGACGAGGAAGAGGAGGACGAUACCGAAGAGGAAGGGGGGGACGGGCAGAGCCAGAGGCAGGAGAGGCAAGUGGCGGUGUGCAGCUCCGGCUCCGCUACAGAGGACCACAUCUUUGACCACCUGCCUCCCAGACUGCACCGCGCUCUGGUGGAGGCCUGCAAGGAGAGGAGGGGCAUGUUGCAGUCUCUGCGGAACCUGCUGCCCGUCAGAAUGGCUUCGGCCCUCUUGAUCCCCUACACGUUGCCCCUGGAGUCGGCCAUGUCCAUGACUGUCAGACUGCUGGAGUGGUUGCCGGAUGUGCAGGAGGAUGUGGGCUGGAUGCGGGACCAGACGAUGAAGGUGCUGCAUUGUGUUGUGCGUCAGGCCAGGAAGACUGUGUCCCAGCAAGUGUCUGAACGGCUCUCUUUCCAACUGGAACUGCGACGCUCCCAAUCCCUGCCCAGCCAGUCGGGCCCCACCUCCCUGUUGCCGAGCUGGGUCAGCGGGGGCAGCUCCACCGUGCUGGACCUCAUCCUGCGGCUGGACCAGUACCAGCGCCAGAUGCUGCCGGGCAUCUUCUGCGUCAACCUGGACCUGCAGGGCUCCUUGUACACCCAGCCCUCUGCAUGUGGGGGCGAGUCAUCCCUCCCAGGGCUGCCGGAGGAGGGGCUGGUGAUGCGGCCCGUGGGCCUCAGCCCUCCCACACCACCCCCGUCCCCCCAGCCCUGAGGUCCCUUUGACGCACAGAUUCCGCUGUGGACAAUCCAGCCCAGAACUUUCUACCCAGAAGCAGCCUUCCCUCCAAAAGUACACAGUGCCGGAGGGAACAUCAAGUGCCUUGCUGGACCUUCGCUAAAAGUUCUGCCACUUACUGGCCCUCUUUCGACUUUUUAUACUUGUCAUGCCCUCAGAUUGAGGAGGUAAACUGGUAAACUUUGGAACAAAAGCUCCAGCUACGCAACGACUGGGUAACGACUAACAAGUUUUUCUUUUUCUUUCCAUUAAAUGUAACACUUUUUUUUUUUUUU